UUAACCUCAAUUUUCAUUAAGUAUAUAUUGUUGAUUUGUGUAACUUCGUGCCAAUUAUUGUAUAUCAUUGUAUAUCUGUUUGUGGUUGCUGAAAUAGCAUAGAAUCAUGGAGAAUAAACCACAAAAAAUGCCCAAAGUGGCUAAGGUGAAGAAUAAAGCUCCGGCAGAGAUCCAGAUCACUGCUGAGCAACUGUUGCGAGAGGCAAAAGAAAGAGAUUUGGAGAUCCUGCCUCCUCCACCAAAACAAAAAAUUUCAGAUCCAGCUGAAUUGGCGGAUUAUCAACACAGAAGGAGAAAACAGUUUGAGGAUAACAUUCGUAAAAAUAGAUCUGUUAUGUCGAAUUGGUUCAAGUAUGCUCACUGGGAAGAAUCACAAAAAGAGAUCCAGAGAUCUAGAUCAAUUUUUGAAAGAGGUUUAGAUGUUGAUCACAGGAAUGUUACAUUGUGGCUUAAAUACACUGAGAUGGAGAUGAGGAAUAAACAGGUCAAUCAUGCUAGAAACUUGUGGGAUAGGGCAGUAACAAUUUUGCCAAGGGUUAAUCAAUUUUGGUAUAAAUAUACUUAUAUGGAGGAGAUGUUAGAACAUGUUGCUGGUGCCAGAGCAGUAUUUGAAAGGUGGAUGGAAUGGCAACCUGAUGAACAAGCUUGGCAGACAUACAUUAAUUUUGAAUUGAGAUAUCACGAGAUCGACAGAGCUAGGGAAAUCUACGAGCGUUUUGUUUUCACGCAUCCAGAAGUUAAGAACUGGAUCAAAUAUGCAAGAUUCGAGGAAAAACACGGAUUCAUACAUUCUUCAAGACAAGUGUACGAAAGGGCAAUUCACUUUUAUGGCGAUGAUCAUUUGGAUGAAAAACUGUUUAUUGCGUUUGCAAGAUUCGAAGAAAAUCAGAAAGAGCAUGAACGAUCAAAAGUUAUUUAUAAAUACGCAUUAGAGCAAAUCCCGAAAGAGAAUGCAAAGGAACUGUAUAAAGCUUACACAAUCCAUGAAAAGAAAUAUGGUGAUAGGACCGGUAUCGAAGAUGUGAUCGUUUCCAAGAGGAAAUUCCAAUACGAGCAAGAGAUCUUAAUGAACCCUACUAAUUACGAUGCUUGGUUCGAUUUCAUAAGAUUGAUUGAAGGCGAAGAUGAUCUCGAGGUUACAAGAGAAACGUACGAAAGGGCAAUUGCCAAUGUGCCUCCAACGAAGAAUAAGCAGUUCUGGAGACGGUAUAUUUAUUUGUGGAUCAACUACGCAAUCUUCGAAGAGUUGGAAGCUCAAGACUAUGAAAGAGUAAGACAGGUGUACAAGGCGUGCCUCGAGAUUUUACCGCAUAAAAUAUUCACGUUCUCCAAGAUUUGGUUGUUAUAUGCGCAAUUUGAAAUUAGACAGAAGAACUUAACAGCUGCAAGGAAGAUAUUAGGAAUGUCGAUUGGUAUGUGUCCAAGAGAUAAACUUUUCAGAGGAUAUAUAGACUUGGAAAUCCAAUUGAGGGAAUUCGAUAGAUGCCGGAUACUGUAUCAGAAAUUCUUGGAGUUUGGUCCAGAAAAUUGCGUUACUUGGAUGAAAUUCGCAGAGCUGGAAACAUUGCUAGGUGAUUACGAGAGAGCCAGAUCGAUUUACGAAUUGGCUAUUAAUCAGCCAAGAUUGGAUAUGCCUGAACUACUUUGGAAAUCAUAUAUAGAUUUUGAGAUUGCCCAGGACGAAACAGACAACGCGAGGAAGUUGUAUGAGCGUUUGCUUGAGAGGACAUUACACGUGAAAGUGUGGUUGUCGUAUGCAAAGUUCGAGUUGAAUAUGGAGAAUAGCGAGGAUGGAAUGAACGUAGCCUUAGCUAGGAGAAUAUACGAGAGGGCUAAUGAUAACCUGAAAAACAAUCCUGAGAAAGAGGCCCGGGUGCUGCUGCUUGAGAAUUGGAAGGAGUUUGAGAAUACGCAAGGGGAUGAUAUUAGUCAGACGAAGGUUAAUGAGAAAAUGCCGAGGAGGAUUAAAAAGAGACAGAAGGUUAUUGAUGAAGAUGGCAUGGAGCAAGGAUGGGAGGAGGUGUUCGAUUACAUCUUUCCUGAGGACGAGGCGAGCAAACCUAAUCUUAAGCUGUUGGCGGCGGCAAAGAACUGGAAAAAGAACGUGUCGACAACCGACGCAGAGGAGUAAUUUUAUUUUAUUUCAAAUAAAUUUCUUAAAUUUAAAUUUAAUUUGUUUUUUAACAAACACACUUCGUG